GAUUUGACAUUUGACCAACAGACCAACCAUGAGCAAGUACUGCGACGAUCUCCAACUCUGUGAGAGCAUGAAGAAUGCCAAGCCGUGGCGUGCGACAUCCGUCAACGAUACCAUGGCCAAGUGGGCCGACGUCGCAGUGAGCUUGAUCAAGCUCGCGGCGUGGCCCGCGACGACUGACGCGGCGACGUGCAAGGCGCGCUGGGAGCAGCUGCAAGCGAGAAGCAGCGACCCUCUGUUCGGCGACAGUGUCUCUCCAGAGCUCCAGUCCAUCGUGCAGGAGCUUCUCCAGGAAAUCGAAAAGGAUGCUAUCGCAAACAACCAACCGAACGCGAAAUUGGUCCUCGGUGGUGCCGCAGUCGCUGGCGCGGUCGCUGCUCCGGUGGCGACCACGGCUGUCGUGGCGGGCCUCGGGUUCACCUCGGGCGGUAUUGUCGCGGGCAGCACUGCUGCCGGCAUGAUGUCGGCGGCAGCUGUGGCCAACGGUGGCGGUGUAGCAGCGGGCUCGACCGUCGCCGUGCUUCAGUCGAUUGGUGCAGCGGGUCUCGGAGUCGGUGGCGGCAUUGCGGUGGCUGCUAUUGGUGUUGCGAUCGCGGUGCCGAUCGCCGGUGCGUUCCUUUGGUUCCGCAAGCGGCGCAACAACAACAACAACGACAACAACAACGACGACAACGACGACGGUUCAAACAAGUAGGUGCCCACGCACAGUGUGCGCUUCAAACGACGAGCGUCUUUUCUGCAGCCAAGACAGCAGGAAACGUCGUGCUUGCAUUCAUAAUCGUUACAUGAGACCCCACGCCUUGAGCGC